AUGGCUACGGAUGUGACAACUUUGAAAGCACCAUUUAAGGUGAAGGCCAGAUAUGGUUGGUCAGGCCAAACCAAGGGCGAUUUAGGCUUUUUGGAGGGAGACAUUAUGGAAGUCACAAGAAUUGCCGGUUCUUGGUUCUAUGGCAGGUUAUUAAGAAACAAAAAGUGUUCCGGAUAUUUCCCUCAUAACUUCGUCAUACUCUUAGAGGAAAGAUUGAACUCUAGCACUUCAUCCGAGAAUGGUGAGCAACCCUCAAAAAUUUCAGAAAGUUUGGAAAAGUCUAAUAGAGUUGUAAUACCGCCUGUACCAUCCAGAUAUUCGGGUGAGAAACAAAGAGCUAAGAAGAAGCUAUCUUCAUCAAUGCCCAGCUCACCCAAGAAGCCAGCUGAUUCUCUGACGAGGGCCAGAAAGGCAAGAUCAAAAGAACUAAUUAAUGAAAAGAACAUUUACAAUACCCAAUCCCCUCGCUAUCACAAUAACUCGGCGCCAAACUUACCUUUAACCAACCAUACCAAGCACAUGGUACGCAACUUUGAAGAGUCCAUGAAUAAUCCGUUACCACCUCUACCUCCAUUACCGGAUUUGGACAAUAUGAGAAGAAUGGAUAAAAGGGCACCAAAGAAAUCAUAUUCUGCGAACGAUCUAAGUUUAGCACGUUCUUCUAGAGAAUACAACUAUUACAAAGAUAACCAAAAGUUCUAUGAUGGUUUUAUCCCAGAAACGAGGUCCUCUUUGGAGGAGGACUCGAUCUCAACAGGCCUAUUUUCAAAUUCUCAGUACUUGGAUGAUUCUGCUUGCAGCAGUGAAAACAGUUUUGCCUUAAUGAGUGAUUUUAGUGCCACCAGUGCUGGAAGUUUUGCAAGACACAAGUAUGCACAAUCAUUCUCCGAUUCAUUGAAGAGAUCUCAGCAUACAAAUAGCACUGCAAAAAAAAUUGAAGAUCCGCAGACUUUCAAUGAUUCAAGUUCGAAUUCAAAAAAUGGAAAAAUGGGCGAUAUCCUCAGGAAAAUAAUCAUUCCAAAGAGAAAUGUAAAUAACUCUUCAAGCUCAGUAUCCUCACCAAAAUCUCCAAAUGCAUACCCCAAGCUACCAGAUAUUCAGAAUCUGAAUUUGUCUUCAACACCUGAUGAAGCUCGCGACUGGAUUGCUGUAAAAUGCCAUUUAAACAGAGCAAGAACUCUUACCAAGUAUGAGAAGCAUCCGAGGUAUAUGAGAGCCCUCGAAGAAAACCGAGACUUGGUUUUACAUCCUCAAGAUUCGAUUUAUAAUGGGUUGAAUACAAAUGAAGUUAAAGGCACUACAAAGUUCGGUUCGAUUGAUGUGGAACUGGCCGAAUUGAACAUAGAAUACAUUGAUAAGAUGACUUGGAAACGAUGUAUCAAAGAUGGUACUAUGACAUUGGACACCUGGGCUCAAACCACUUUUUCGGCGAGAUAUUCAACUGUUUUGGAAAAAUUAAGAGGCAUGUACAUAUUUUGUACAGAGAUGUUUGCUCUGACCGAUGACAACGGAUCAUCAGAUUUUUCUACAGAGCCUAAAAAUUUAGGAAAAAUACUAUUUAGAAAGCAUUGUACACCAUAUGAAUUGACAUGGCUUUUCAAGAAAUUAGCGAACGCGUUAGGUAUUACCUGCGAAAUUGUCAUAGGUUUCCUGAAGACACCUAGUGCAGUAAAUUGGGAAUUUAAAUACAACCAUUGCUGGUUACGAAUACUGGUUAACAGAGAAUGGAGAUUCAUUGACGUUAUACUGGGUAACGUAACUAAUCCAAUUCAUGAAUUUGUCAAUAACAGGAAGAUCAAGAAAGCUGAAAACAGUUAUUUCUUAAUGGCACCAUUAGAAAUGAUAUACACACAUAUACCACCUAGAGAAUUUGAACAGCAUAUAGUUCCAAGUAUUGACCAAUUAUCUGCGCUAUACCUGCCAUUAGUCUUUCCGUCGUUCUUCAAAAAUGAGUUGAAGCUAUACAAAUUUAGCACUGCACUAUCAUUUCUAGAGGAUUCUGAAGUCUAUGAGUGCUCACUAGAAAUUCCUAAUGAUGUUGAGGUGUUUACUUCUGUAGUCAUUCCAACAGAUAAUGAGGAAGUUUCGAAUGCUUAUAGGAAUAUGGAAUUAACUCUAACUCAAAUCAAAAAGCAAAAGGCGGAAUCCGGUAGAAGAAUAGCUCUCAUUAAAGCAGUUCUACCACCCAAUGUAAGUAAAGGUUCAUUAUACAUACAUUCUGGUGUUAGAGGUACACAGACGAGCAUUGCUAAUAUUCAUCCACUGUCCAUGAUGGUCCCAUUAAGACAUAAGGGAAGUAAUAUGAAGUAUGAAUUUGUGGUCAAGAUACCAUCAGAAAGUGUCCAGAAGAUAGAACUAUACAUUGUUGAACCACAAAGUAGGUAUUUAUUUUUCGGCAACGAGUACUCAUUUGAAGUUAUACAAAGUCCUUUUGAUGGUAUUAUAUACAACAGUGAUGAAGGACCAAACCAAAAUCGGAAACAACCAAUGGCGAUCAAGUCACCAUCAGGAAAAGUUCAUGAGCUAGUCAAGAGCGAUCCCCACUUCCCCUACGGCACCUGGAAGUUAAACACCAAAAUUAAAGAACCUGGCGUGUGGAGCGCCUUGGUGAUUGCUGACUCUGGAAUUGGAUGGUCUGUUUUUGCUGAAUGGUUGUGCGUGUAA